AAGGUAUAAGUAACAAAUACUGAACAGUUUACAUAAUUUAAUAAAAUUGUAUUUAAUAGUUUUAAAUAGUUGUAUAUUCAUUCUAAAAUUCAUAGGCAAUUAAAAUAAAAAUAAAAUAACGAUUUAAUGAAAAUAAUUGUUGGCUAAUGUUAAUAUAAACAAAGCACCUUGGUAAUAUAAAAUAAACAUUUAAAAUAUAGUUUAAAUUAUAAGAGUGCUGCUAAUAUUGUUUAAAAUACCAUUAUUUUAUUCAAAGUAUCUAUCAUUAUUCAUAAAAAUGUCAGACCCAAAGCAAAGUUGUAAAGGACAUUUAAAUAACUUAAAAACAUGGAGAAAUCAUAUUAGAGUCAGACGUUUAUGCAGAAACUUUGUACUGCCGAAUAACAAACUACGAGAAUUUAUGAACCGGAUAACUUCCUGCAUCGAUGAAGGACUUGGCAAAGAAACACAUUCAAAAGCAACAAUCAAAUGCUGGCAAACAUAUGUCCAAGACAUGCCUACUGGUAAUGAAAAGGGUCAAUUCUUGGCUCUUGAUUUGGGAGGUUCAAAUUUCCGCGUUCUCAAACUAGAUUUAGGAGAAAAUCAAUAUUUUAAAAUGAAUCAAGAGACAUAUGAGUGUUCUAAGGAGUUGAUGAAUGGAUCAGGAACAAUAUUGUUUGAUUACAUAGCCAAUUGUUUGAACAAAUUUGUAACCAAAGAAGGAUUAAAAACCAAUAGCCAACUUCCUUUGGGUUUCACAUUUAGUUUCCCAAUGUCACAAUCAAGCAUUGACUCAGGAAAACUUGUAAGGUGGACAAAAGGUUUUACAUGUGAUGGCGUAGUUGAUCAAGAUGUAGUACAGCUGUUGACAAAGUCAAUCAAAAAUAUCCCAGACUUAAAUAUACACAUUUGUGCAAUUUUAAAUGACACCGUUGGCACUUUAAUGUCCUGUGCUUGGUUGAAUCCGAAAACCAGAAUAGGCUUAAUUGUUGGUACAGGUUGUAACUGUUGUUACAUAGAAAAAGUAAAAAAUAUCCAGUUAUAUAGUGGUGACCAGACAAAAACAGAAAUGGUUAUCAAUCUAGAGUGGGGUGCAUAUGGAGAUAAUAGCGAACUUGAAGAUUUUUAUACUAAAUAUGACAAAGUUAUUGAUGAAAAUUCUGAAAAUCGUGGCCAACAAAUUUUUGAAAAAAUGAUUUCUGGAAUGUACCUUGGAGAAUUGUUAAGAUUAGUAUUAUUAGACAUGAUAGACAAAGAAUUAAUAUUUGAUGGGAUAAAGCCAUCAAUGCUUAAUACUCCCCAAUCAUUGACUAGUGAUGUGUUAUCCUUAAUUGAGAAUGAUCCACCUGGAACUUAUGUAGGCACUAGAAAGUUUCUUCAGAAAAUUGGAGUAGCCAAUCCUACAGAUGGUGACUGUAUGAAUAUUAGAUAUGCAACAGAGUGCAUUUCGAGAAGGUCUGCGUAUUUAGUAGCAGCUGGUCUUUCAGCCAUAUUGAAUAAGAUGAACGAGAAAGAUGUAAUAAUUGGAGUGGAUGGGUCAGUGUAUAGAUUUCAUCCGUUUUAUCAUAAUUUGUUGAUGGGCAAGAUUAGUGAAUUAGUAAACAGUGGUAUAAAAUUUGGUAUUAUACUGUCUGAAGACGGCAGUGGAAGAGGUGCAGCAGUCUUAGCAUCAGCAGUUUGUCCAGAUGGAUAAAUCUGUUCAUUACUUGAUGUUAUAAUAUAAAUAAAAUAAUAAUUCUAUUGUUUAGUUGUCUAUUUUUAUUUGAUUUAAACCAUAAUUAAAAAUUAUUUUGUAUUUGGCAAUCAAUUCAGUGUUCGA